UAUGGAUGGCAUGUCAAGACUCAAAUCUGUGUAACAAGCUUCAAAACUUUCAGAACGAAACGUAAAGAGAAAGAAAGUUGCAAAAACACUGACUUAUAUAUAUAUUUUUUUUUUUUUUUUGCUUGAAUUCUCCUCAGAAAAUUAUUUAUUAAAUCUAAACAUAAAAAUAAGUAUGGAAAAGAAAUCCUGCCAAAAAAGCUUAUCUCUCAUCUAUUUUUAUUGAGUUGGGGAUGUUUUAAUUAUUUAAAGAUUGAAAAAAAGUUUUUUUUUAAUGUUGAAAAAUUUAUAAACAAUCUAAUGUAAUUGAAAAAGUCAUUAAGAAUAAUUUAAUAAAAGCAGUAAGCACUAUUUGAUACUACAAAUCGGGGUGUAGUAUAAAAUAGUUAACCAAAUAUGUGGCACUUAAUAUGAAAGAUGCAAAUAUAGCUCAAAAGAUAUUUUAUUAGAAUAUUCGAAGUAAUGACAACUAUUUAAUCUCUUAGGGUGGAUUGUCUUAAAGAAAGCUAUGCGAUAACAAAGCUAGGCGUUUUACUUUAAUUGAUAGCGUGGGAAUAAGAUUUCCUUAAGAAAAUAAAAAAUUUACUUAUUUUAAAUGUUGUUGGAUCUCAUAAAUUGCCACUAAUAUUAUCCCACAAUUCCACAAAGUUGAAGAUUUUUAAUUUAAAUCACAUUCUUUGCGAUUUCUGAAUCGAAGCAAAUCUAUCCAAUGAAGAAACUGUUUUCUUUAAAAAGAGUCUUUCUAGACUCUGACAAGAUUCUAAAACUACUGAACGGAAUUUGAAUAAACUGCUUUUCCUGGGGAGCACAGAGAAAAGAAUGCUGCUUAGGCGGUUUAAUUGAUUCCUUAAGUACUUUUACGUGAACGACAAUGAAAGCGUAAUUUCUAUAGAAUGUUGCUCUCCGCUUUGCUAUUGAUUGCGUGGGUGGUUGAGACCACUUCUACAGAGCUUCACCAACAAAUUCCUACCAAAGAUUUACCAUUGCUUAAUGCAAAAAAUAUUUCCUCUAGAAAUCCUUUAAUUUUUUCAAGCCUCCAGGAAUCAAUGAUCAUGGCACCUAAUCGAUCCAGAUAUUUCUCGACGGUGACUGGUUUCCGGAAAACGUCAAAAAAUAUACGGUCACCAGCAAAUCCCGGAACCAAUAAUGGGAAUCCUAAAGUCCUUUUCGUAGGAGGGAUCAUAAAUCCUCCUUCAGGUUUCCGGUCUUAUCUCGAUGGAGAAGACAUUUCUAACACUACAAAUAUGAAUAACCCUUCUCAAAAUAAUGGGAGCCAAGGGAAUGUGAUAGCACAUCUGGCAUACUCCAGAGAUUUUGAAGAUCAGCAUAUGAAGCAGGCGGAAAAAGAGGGUAGAAAGAGCAAACUUCGGAAUGAUGAUGAAGAUUAUCAUUAUGGCACAUCCCUUCGAGAAAAAGUAAAUGCCUUCUCCUUGAAUGAUAGCUCGUCCCAUUUGCUCAACACCGAAACACGUGAAUUACAAAUGUACCAUAAAACAUCAGAGAGAAAUGCCACAGAAACUAAAACCGUCCAGCUUUUGGAAUCAGUGGCAUAUUUUAACAUUUCUGUUGAAGAAGAAAAAUCAUCACCGAAUAAGAGUUUCAAUUCAAAAGUAACCGCAAAUGUCCAUGUCAGAAACAGCAGCGAUAUCCAAAAUAAAUUUCUUAAUUUAAAUUUUAACGGUGAGAAUAAACAAGCCAAAAAAGAUGUGCAUAGUUUGGAACGUAAAAAUAAGUUCGAAAAAAAUUCUAUGCCAGGAAAUGGAAAAAUAAAUGAGACUACAAAGUAUGUAGAUGAUGUUGCCUCUGAUAAUAUAAAACACAGCACUGCUUUCACAAAGAGUUUCGAAUCGCAUGGAAGCACAUACACACCUGCUUACGAAAACAACUUAUUAGUUACUGCAAAUAAUGAUUUCAGGGAAAAUGCUUCCAUUAUUUCUAAUAUGCAACAAGAUGGUGCUUUUGAAUCUGUUACUAAGAUAACGGAACAACCUUCUAGUGAAGGACAUUAUAGUAAUAACAAAUUUCAUAACGAAUGGAAUGAAAUUCAUAAAAGUGACAUUUUCUUGAAAAAUAAUCCGCCAACAUCAUUAUUUUCUUCUUCCAUCACAACUCCAGAUUCCCAUAUGAAUGAUCCACCUUUCCGAGGUCCAAAUGUACCGUUGGAUAGCGAUAUUUUUGUUAGAGAAAAGGACAAAAAAAUAGAUUUCCGGAACUCAGUUAAAGAAACUCCAUAUUUUCCUACUUCAAGUAUAGAAAAAGGGUGGAAUGAUAUAGACUCUCUUGGAAGAAUUACUUGGGAUUAUCAAUGUUAUAUUACUGGAUCCAUGUUUUCUGUCAUCGCUCUCUAUUUAUUCAUUAGUUUAUUGCGAGUAAAGACAUUCAUCCCUUUAUUAAGAACAUGUUAUUAUGUAACAAUCAAUUCUAUAAUAUUUUUGACGUGUAUUUUAAGAGCAUUUUACCUUUUCUAUGAUCCUUAUGGUUUUUUCCAUAAACUUCCAGUUGUAGUAUCUCAAGUUCUUCUUAAAAUAACAGUACCUUGUUUAACAUCAGCUUUCUGUUUCUUAGUUCUAUCAUUACUGAGCUUCACAAAAACUCAAUUAUUUUCGCCAAAUUUACAAACACCAUCUGUGUUAGCUGUAGUUGUUGUUUUCGUUAUAUCUCUUUCAAUAACAUUAGAAACUGCAAUUCACGUGUUUCAAAUAUCUAAUAUAUUUCUGUUAUUGUGUUAUUCGAUUGCCAUAUCUUUUGGUGGAUUCUCAUCGAUAUCUUAUUUCUUCGUAUUCAAUCGAUUACAUCACAGAGCUUUAAGAAAACAGGGUGAAAUGAUUCGUGUGACAUUUACUAAAAUGCAUAUUGAUGGUGCUCGGUUACCUAAAAAGUUACCUAGACCAACUUUAGGUCUCGCUGUGAAACUCGUUUUGAUGGUUGCUAUUUUUCAAAUUAUUUUGUGUAGUCUGGUACCAUACACUGUACUCUUUCUCCAAGGGUUAUUGCCAAAAGUAACAACUCCUACCCCAUGGUUGUGGUGGAGCUACCAACUAUCUUGCAGAAUACUUGAACUAAUGAUAUGUGCCACUAUUUCUUUUAUUGCAACUCAGCCACUAAAGCAUUUCGAAGUUGACAACAAUGCCUUCCACAAUAUUCUUAUGUGCUUUCCUUGUAAUUCUUUUGGGAAUUGUUCUCAAAGUGCAGAAAUAAUAGACUUUGAAGCUCAUUCAGACAACUAUGCUAAUCCUCAGGGUAUUAGAAAUCCAAGACUUAAUUUGAUUAGAAAUACACGAAGACUUCAAACAAACUCUCUUCCAACUUUUCGAACUCCUCUAACAGCAGUUGAUAGCAGUAUGCCAAUGCGAACUUUACCAUGUAGUGGAAGGCAUACCAAUCAUUCUAGUGCUUUAUCUUUGCUUUCAUAUUAUAGGUCCAAACGAGCCUUAAAUAUGUCCAAAACUGAAGAUCUUGACGAUUUGGAGCGCACUCUAUGCAGUCAAAGCGUUUCCUCGUCAGAUGGAAGAAGUUUAUUUCGCCCUACUUCCAUGCUGUAUAAAGACAAUGGUUUCAUUCGUUUUAGAAGAGAAACUGAUCCACAACAACCAAUGGAAAUGAGUGAUGACGACGAUCAUAUCCAGGAAGAUAUUGAUACUAGCGUAGAAGAUGCUGAUUCCACAAAGGCAAACGUUGGAUCGAGUUUUCAUUCUUUAUUAGAAAGUGACAUCGUACAAAAUACUUUGUCUCCUUUCUUUCAAAUCGAUUAUAAAAGAAGAUUUCGUAAAAUGAGUCGAAUUUCUAUUGAAACCACAGAUUAUAGCGCAGAUAUUUCUUCUGAUCAGUUGAGUAAUAUCGUUAAUCUACGAAAUGGACUAUCUACUAGUGCUCUCGAUUUUCAUACCAAAAAAUAUGGAAGUACAUGUAGCUCAGAAAGUGCAGCUAAUAGUUUUGACGUAACAUUUUUCCUGAACAGUAAUUCAUCUCCUCAAACUUCACCAAUUAGUACCGCUUUGAAUAUAAUAUCCGCAUAUCGAAGUGAAACGGAAGAUGAUAAGACGUCUAGUGUUGAAGGGCAUGAGGAAAUGCUUCGUAGCGUUUCUCCUAUUCUUAAACAAGCUUCGUUUGGAAGAUUGUCUUUGAAUUUGAAUUUGCAUGCUUCUACACAUACAAACCAUUCUAAUGGACACGUUAAUGUUGCUUGUGGAACAGAAGAUAUUACACCUGAUUCAGCAGUAUAUCUAGAUCUUCCCCGAGAAAGUCCCAAACUUUCACCCAAUAUCUUUGAAACUCAUUUUCCUUUACAACCCCAAAAUUCUCCAGAAGACACUUUCAUGAAGUCGACGGAUGAUUUAUUUCCAUUGACUGGUUCACCAUACUGUUCCCCAACAAGUCAAUCAUUGGGUGAAAUACGAACGAGCAGUUCAUAUGUCAUUCCUCAAUUUAGGAAAAACUCUCGAGGACUUCUUUGCAAGCUUAGAGGAUCGACGUUUUCCCUUAAUACAGCUAUAUACGGUUAUGAACCUUUAGAGCAUGAAGAACCCAAAAAAGGUUUUCUGUAUCGCAAAAACAGUAAAACACUUGAGAGAUCUUCAAGUGAUAGGAGGCCACUUUCUGAUUGUCAUUUGGAUACAAAGCUUUCAGCAACAUCUUUAGCAAGGAAUAGAUUAUCCUCUUUUGGUUCUGAUCAUUUAGGGGAUAGUGGUCUUUUAGGAGAUUGUGGAGUUGCUUUAGUGGAUGUUGCUUCUCAAACUGAUGAAAAUGUAGAAUCGCAUUACAUCCAUAAAAGUUACUCUCUUGUCACGAAUGCUACACAAUGUCCCCAACUACAAUCAUAAGAUUUAUCAUAGUUUCAGUGAUAGUAAAUUUAAAACGUUGAGAGGAUUUUGAAAUAUAAUGUACAGAUAAUGAGAUGUAUCAUCUGAAUGUGGUUUAUUACAAUUUGCAACGUAGAGACUGUUUUUAUGAAAAUUAUUA